ACUUUGACCUUGAGUAAUAGUUAGAAAAAAAGAUGCCUUACUCUAUUUCAUGUCAUACUAAAACUGCUUAGAAGAUAAAUAAGUAACCAAUUAGAAACAAACAUCUUUCAUUUUAAAGAAUGGCACAUAUGUGGACUUUUCCCAGGUGGGAGUCCUUGUAUAAAUGUCCUUGUUAAAAUACUUUUGGUAUUUUACCAAAUACAUUUAAUGACUCCUAAUGAAGUCAGAAGGACUCAAUGUUGUGCUUUCGUCUGGGUUAGUUUGGAAAUAAAAGUGUUGCUUCCUGUUUCUCAUAAUUAGUGUGGAGCUUUGUUUCCUAAACAUAGCUGUUUACUAACAAUGCCUGAGCCGACGGGCAGGGAAGGGAAGGAAGAUGAGAGUAGAAGGCUAGACAGAGGGGGGGCGGGGCAUGGCUCACUGAAUGAACUAUACCAUGUCCCAAGAACCCAUACAAAAGGUGGGUAGGCAUAGUCUUCCUCUAGUACUCCCAGCAUUCAGCAGGCAGACGUGGAUUCUUAGGACAGGCUAACUAGCUAGAGUAGUCGUGGUAAGCUCCAGGUUCCAUGAGAGACCCUGUUACAAUAAAUAAAAUGAAGAGUGAUGGAGAAAGACACCAAACUUCAGCUUUGGGCCUUCACAUAAAUGCAUACAUGCAUCUACAAACACUGGAACAUGCAUGCAUGUACAUGCACAUAUACCACAACCACAUACACAAAAAGAUACUCAGUUACAACUUGGUAGUUUCAUUCUAGUGUUUAGUUAGAAAGUUAGGAUCUCAGGUAUCCAAGAUUGGACGCAAACCUUGUUAGGCAGGUGACCUUGAGCUUGAUCUUCCUGUUUUCCCCUCUCCAGUGCUGGUAUUACAGGCGUGUGCCACCACCUAGAUUAUUGUGUAAGGUUAGGGAUGGGUCCCAGGGCUCCAGGCAUGUUUGGGACACACCUUACUGACUGAGUUACAUCUGUACCCCACAACUCAGUACUUUACAAGUCAUAAUUUCAAAAAUAAAAUCAAAAUAGACAAUGAUGAUAACUUUUUAAAAGAAUUAGCAAUGACAAAAAGCAGGAGAGAACUCACUGUUGCUAAGGUGAAUCUUUCAUCUAUAUAAAAUGUUCUUUAAUAAAACUGUGGUUUCAUUUAUAUAAUAUUUAUUUAUUUAUAUAAAUCACCCAUUUAAGAAAUCUACAUGUCUCAUUAUUCUGGUGAUUGAAUACACAUUGUUGUGAAUGUGUGUUUGUAAACAUAUUUUGGUGAUUUCAUUUCCAUCAUGAUGUAUGCCAUGUUAAUCAAGUCUUUUUCAUAUUAUUAAGUUUUUCUAUUAAUGGAUUUUUAAAAAGAUAGUCUUAUAUAGUCCAUAGAGCUGAGGCUGGUCUUGAACUGACUCUCCUUUUUCCUUCUUUCCCCUCCAAAGUCCUAGGAUCAUAGAGAUGUUCUGAUUACUGAAUCCUCUAUUGUUGGUGUUAUGUAUAUGUGUAUAUGGUGUGGUAUAUCUGUAUGUAAAUGUUCCAGUGUGUGUGCUUACUCAUGGAAACCAGAGGUUGACUUCAGGCGACAUCUUCAACUCUGCUCCAACUUCAUUUUUCAGACAGGGUUUCAAUAAACCUGAGCUCCCCAAGUCAGUGACACUUGCUACAGGUCCUAGGAGCCCUCUGCUCCCAGUGUUGGAAAUAUAGGCAAGCCCAGCUUUUUAUGUGGGUACCAAGAAUUAGAAUUCAGUUCCCCAUGCUUGCACAACAGACAUGUUACUAAGGGAGCCAUCUUCCUGACCUCCUUCUUAAUGCACAGUUAAUAAGUGCAUCUCUAGUUUACAGUGACCAGUAGUCCAUGGCAAAACAUUGCACCAAUAUUUAUUAUCACAUGGCAGAUGCAUGCCACCUCUUUCUGAUGGAAGAAGGAAAUCAGCAUGCAGUUUCAAAUUAUUUAUAGCUUUCGCUAAAAUGACUUACCAACCUGUCAAAAAAAACUAUAUUUGACCAUAAAGUGGCCAUUUAUAUAUAAAAACAAACAAUAUAGAAUAAUAAUAUCUAACUAUUAAGGUUGAUUAUCACAAUGGAGAAUGUAUCCGAGUUUUUCUUUGCUUUUCUCCUCCCUCCCUCCCCUCCCUCCCUUCCUUCCUCCCUUCCUUUUUUCCUCCAUUGUUGGAAAGGGAGAUUAAUUGCAUGCUGGUUUUAACCUCAAACAACUAAAUUCUUUUUUCUCUUUUUUGGAUACAGGGUUUCUCUGUGUAGUUCUGGUUGUCCUAGAACUCACUCUGUAUACCAUGCUGGCCUCCAAUUCCGAGAUCCACCUGCCUCUGCUCCCAAGUGCUUGGAUUAAAGGUGAGGGCCACCAUAUCAGACUUAGAGCUGAAUAUUUUAAAUCUCUUAAAUUAAUCAUCUGUUUAAAUGUUAUGCUUUAAAUAAGUGACAGUGGUAAGCUUCCCAUUGGUAUAAAUAAGACUAACAGUUAAUACCAGUUAAUGACCAAAUCUUAAUUGUGCUUAGGAAAGACAUAGCUUGGUAAAAGGUGAUGCCCUAGUUUCUCCUUAUUAUCAGCUUAUAUUUUUUUAUGUUUUAGUGUUGCAUUUGAUCACACUGUGAAUCCCAAGAUUGUAUUAUUCACUGGAAAAAAACUGUAUUUAGCUGUAGUGUGGCUCAACCUUAGAACACACCUCUAAUCCAAGAGUUUUCUGCUUGAAUAUUGUAAACAGGAUUAAAUAAAGUCAUCCAAAGUAGGUCAAGAGGCAGAGCAAGCAACCAGUUGACAGGGAGCGAACACAGGAUUACUAAGAAAAAAACAUGGCAAGUAAGAGAGAGUCAGGAGGACGGAUAGAGACUCACAGGAAUUAGAAGGGAGGGGCAUGCAGUUUGAAAGAGGGUUUUUGUGAUGGUGUGAGAGUAAGCAUUCCUUCUGGGAUGCUGGUUGAGGAAGAAGGUCAGCUGGAUGCUUUCUCUGCUUCUCUGACCUAGCAGGCUUUUACCCCAGUAUCUGACUCCCAAGUCUUCAUUGGUAAAAUCGAAUGAUUGAGAUUUUGUUAGAAAACAACAUAUGAAUACUGACCUGUGUGUGUGUGUGUGUGUGUGUGUGUGUGUGUGUGUGUGUGUUUUCACCAAUGCAUGUCUGAUGCUCAGGGAGCUACAGAGAGUGUCAGAGUCCCAGGAACUGGAGUUAGACAGUUGUGAGUCACAUGGGUGCUUCAAAUCAAACUCUGGAAGAGCAAAUCCCCUAGAAGAGAACCCAGAUCCCUGAGUUCCACCUCUCCAUACUGGGUCCCCGGCUCUGUUAGAAGCCUUUCCAAGAGGAGUUGAACUACCCAACUCCAGAAUUGACCUGUACUCAACUCCUCAGAAUCUAUAGGACUUGUAUGCAACCCCAGUUUGUAAUAAGAAUGAAAAAAGGCCCAUGUUAGAAAUAUGAGCGAUAGCUAAGUGGUGAUGGUAUCAGCACUUGGGAGGUAGAGGCGGGCAGAUCUCUGAGUCGGAGGCCAGCCUGGUCUACAGAGUGACGUUCAGGACAGCCAGGGUUACACAGAAAAACCCUGUCUUAAAAAACACAAAUGAAAAAAGAAAUAUGAGUGACUGUAAGCCUCAUUAAUAGAAAGUAGGGAAAAUAAAAAUGAGAAUGAGAUCUGGGAGAUAAAUAUUAAGCAGUUUAUGUUUGAAGUUAGCAGGAAUGCAAGGGUAUUUUCUUUGGGUAUUUCUGUGGCUUUAAUGAGCCAGGCAUAUUGUUUGGUGCUCUGAGCUCUUUAAACCAAUGAUGCUGUAAAUGUCCUCUUAUCAGUUCCUUUGCUGAUAAUUCGGUGGAAUUCUGUGUUGCGCUCUCCCUUAUCUUGAAACGGUUGUUUAGAUAAACACCUGGCUCUUGGAAGUGAAGACAAGGAAUGUGGGGUCUCUCCUGCUAGGCCUGGCAAUAGCUCUUAGGAGCCAAAUGGUUACCUGCAGCUUUGGGGAAGGGUGUUCUGGUUCAAGUUGUCAUCAUCGCAAUCACCACCACCACCACCAUCAUCAUCUAGAGAACUCCUUAAAGCACUCCUUCAGUUUAUGGUUUCUAAUAGUCCUAAGGUUUGAAUAAUGAAUAAUUCUCUCCAGAUUCAGUUUUGGUGGGAGAAAAAUCUCUUCGAACAUGUCCUACAGAAUGAAAAUCAGCCACUGCUGACAACCUCUUCCACGUAUCUUGGGGGGAGGGAGUGUGCAUCCUGUUUAGAAGGCAUUUAUCAGCUUCAGAGGAAUAUGGUGCUCCAGGAAGUGCCUCAGUAAAGCACUUCCUGCCCUCAUCUGAUCUAUUAACCCCUUCGCUCAUAACUACACCAGGGAACGGAACACAUGGUCUAUUAGAAAUCAGUGUAAUUGCUAUGCAAAAUCAGCAUUGAGACCUACAACAAUGUUCUUUGUUUAACACACACACACACACACACACACACACUGCAAGGUCUUAUUUUGUUAGCAUGGCUGGCCUGAAACUCUGCCUGCCUCUGAGUUCCUCUUGCUGAGAUUAAAUGUGUGUACUACUGUGCCCUCCUUCCCUACAUUUUUGGCAUCAAGAACAUUCACAACUUUGUGUAGCAGUGUGUAGCUGAUAGCACUGCCCAUCUGCAGAACUAGAAUUCAUUCAACAAUAAUCUUACGUCAUUCUCUCUUCCCAACCGGGUGACCGCCAUUUCCUUCGUUGCUAUAAGCAUGACUACUAUAGGUUCUUUCCUUUAAAUGAAAUAUUUGUAUGUUAGGGUGGACUUAUCUUACUUAGCAAAGGAUCUUCAAGGUUAAUUGCAUCCACACUACAUCAAGUAUUUGGAUUUCAUUCCUUCUUAAGACUGAAUGAUAUUCUCCUACAUCUUUUAUAAAAAAAAAAAAAAGACCCGUAAAGAUCAAGGAAGUUUUGAAUGGGAACAGACUAUAGACAUCAUCCUUCCCAACCAGCUUCUUUGAUCUUUUCCUUUUUUUAUGUUUACAGAAUAAAACCAACCAGUCCUCUUCAGCAUAUGUCAUACAGUCAAUUGGCAAAGGGCAGUGCACAGCAGGCUAAUGUAGCAGGAUAUCCCCCUAGGGAGCCAUGGUCCUCAUUCCAGAGCUGUAAAUGCCUUCUAAACAGGGUGUAGCUCCCCAAGACGCAUGCUAGGAUUUCUAGGUGUUGACUAGAAACCUCUUUCCUGUGGGCUACACUGGGUCUUUUUCUACAACAUAUUUGAGUGGUCUAUAUUGACAGUAAGAACAACUGUUAAAUGAGUUGGUAUUUCCAGUCAGUGUUGGGAAAGUGCAGAAGGACAUGAAGCUACACGGGUAGCUUCAACUUGACACUCCUGGGAAGAGGGAAGUCAACUGUGGAAUUGUCACCAUCAGAUUGUCUAGUAGGCAUGUCUGUGGGGCAUUUUCUAAUUGCUAAUUGAUGUAGGAGGACACCACCACAAUGCGUGGUACAAUCCCCAGACAGGUGGUUUGUGGCUACAGAAAGAAGGUAGCUGAGUGAUAAUGCGUUCUUACCUUGGUUUGCCUCGAUGAUGAUAGAUUAUAAUAUGAAAUAAACCUUUCUUUGAGUUGCUUUUGGUUAACAUUUUAUCACACUCACAGAGCAGCAAACUAGGACAAGCAUCUAAAUGUGGUCAAUGACAAUCAAAGCUGUAAGUUAGCCUGGUGGUUCACGCCUAGGCUUCUAGCACUUGGAAGGUUGUUGAGGAAGAGGGAGCUCAUGAAAUCAGACUGAGCUAUAUAGUGAAGCUCUGUUGGUGGCAAAGGUGAGAGGAGCGAGGGAGAGACACGAGGGAGGGAGGAACAGAGGCUAAUAACAUCGUCCUUUAGCCUCUUCAGAACUGUAGUGAGGUAAGACCAACCUGUUUAUAAGCACCAGUGUGUCAACACCAUUCGAGAGUUAGGGGAAAAGGGAAAUAUUAGUGAUAAGUGCAUGUCUAUAAUCACUUUUGUUUGCUUUUGGGAUAGGGCAUCACUACAUAGCCCAGGCUGGCCUUGACCUACAGAUCUCCUGCACCUGUCUCCAGACUGCUGGCGUUAGAGGUAUUUUCCAUGGUCAGUUAAAGUCUUCCCAUCUUUAAUUAGGUGAUUAAUCAAUUAGUUUUGUGUUUUUGGAGAAAAACUCAGGGUUUCGCUCAUGCCAGGCAAGUGUGAAAACCCUGAGAUACACUCCCCGUCAUUAUAUCUCAUGUUUAAUGUCAUUUAUAACAGAAACAAGUUAACUUACUAUUUUGGUGAUUUAUUAUCUAAAUUAAGAAUAGGCCACCUGUAAAAUGAGACAGUAUAAUUUCAUAUUUUAGUUCAGUGCUCAAAAAAUGUAGUUCAUUUGUUUGCCAUCCAGUGAGAGCUGUGAUUUUUUUUUCUUUAAUAUGGAAUGUACAUGGACGUCCCUGUAAACAAAUAUGGCCUGUGUGCUAACAGCUCCUGGGGGAUGCUGAUAAAAUCCAAGUACGCUAAACACCAAGGCAAGGGUACUGAUAACUGAGGGGAAAUUCAUCAAUCGGCGUUUAUUGAACACCUCUGAGUAUGCCCCGAGACCUGUAAGAAAUAAGUUGUGUUUUUAGUAUUUUGCCACACAGAACACAGAUAAGUUAACAAAUGUAGAGUGUGUUUGGGAUCUAGGUUAGAGACGUAGCACACUCCUGUUCUACUCAGCCCAGGACUAGAGCUAAAGGAUUCAGAAAUGGCUCUGCUGGAGGCUCUUUUCUUUCCACACAUGUAUUAAACACACACACACACACACACACACCACUGACAUGCAAACACACAUGCACAGCUGCCUUCUUUAAUGGCAGAAUGCUUUUUGACCUACCUCCAUGUUCUGGCCUGUUGCAGGCAUUCAUCUCCACUGCUGUGUGAGUGCUAUAUGCUUGGCUUCAUUUUAUUAUUGGUGGCUAUUUGAGUUCUUACCAGUGUUAGCUCAUUGGAAGAAUGAAUACUCUUGAGCCCAUCUUUUAAUGUUCAUGUGCAUAUAUUAUUUGGUAUAUGUGAAUAAGAGACAUUGCUGGAUUGAGGAUAAUGUUUACAUUCAGCAAACCAGAGUGGCUUUCCAGGAAGUUGCACCAGCACCGUUCAUGCUGUUUAAGAGAUCAUUGCUCCAUGCUCUCAUGCAGAAGCAGCCCUUUCUGUCUGUUUAAUGCCAGUCUCACAGGACAUGUGUUAAUGCUGAGAUUCACUGGAGCAAACCAAUUGCACCAUAUUGGGCCACAUUUAAAGCAAGAAUUAUUAAAUAGUAAAUACUGACCAAGACAUGGAUUUUGGUCAGGACAUUCCCUAGAAGUUCCCAGCUGAAUGACCCCAAGACAUGUGACCCAGGGGUUUAUAAAGAUUAACCUAUAGGCCACCAUACUCUCCUACAAAGCUUGUUAUUUUCCAAGAACCUACAACUUCCAGAAUUCCAGGAAGUUACCUGGUCCUUGGGCAGGUGGGACUUACAGGUUAGUUUUAGGAUUCCACAUGUAAUGGUAUCCUGUCGAAUUUCUAACUGCCUUCCAGGUAGAGUCUCUUGCCUGUUUAUCGACCAUUUGCUGUCAGAGACUGGAUCUCUUUUAUGAGGUGCUUAUUUCAGUUUCUUGCCCUUGAACAAAUUUCAAGAGUGGUGGACACUUAAAGGGGGCAAAGAAAGAGAGAGGAAAGCCUGUGAACCUGGGAGGAUGGCGUAUGAAAGUUUUCAGUGUGCCCAGAGCACAGACAGUGUCAUAGAGAUACCAUCCAGGUCACAGAACAGGCAGUUCCAUGCUAUAAUGCUGGCCUCUGAGAAAGUUCAGCCUGGAAGACAUUUUACUUUUCAGAAACUUUAAAGGAUCAUAAGUCUCUGGUGAAGCUGGUGGUUCAGUUUUUUCUGGCCCAGGUAGUCAGGUGGGCAAUUGAGCAUUGCCAUGGGCAUCAGCCCAGUUACUAUUAACAAGUUGUACACAAGAUUGAACCCUGUUCUAAAAUUCCUGGGGACUGGCUUUUCCUCUCCCCUGCCCCCUUUUAAUUUCUUAAAAAACAUUUUGUGUGUAGUAGUGUUUUGCUUGCAUAUAUGUGUGGGCACCACAUGCACGCUUGGUGCCUGUGGAGGUCAGAGGAGGGUAUCUGAUUCCUUGGAGCUGGAGGUAUGGAUGUUGGUUGUAAGCUACCCAUGUGAGUGUUGGGAAUCGAAACCAAGUCCUCUUAAUCCUUAAGCCAUCAGCAGCCUUGUCCCUUCCCUUUUUUCCAGGACAACAUGCAAUCAUUAAGCUCCAAAGAAAACAAAAGGGCAGAGUCUACCUUCCCUAAAUAGCAGUGUGAGCUGAGCAUAGCCUUGGCCACACCUUGGCAUUCUUCAUGCUAGAGGGACUACUGGAUAGCUGCAUUCCCUUGAGAGAGAUCAUAACAAACACCCUUUUAUAAAACACCCAGGUAUACUACGGGCCCCAAGCCUUUCCUCCUUCAGCCAUAGCUGUCUGUUGAGCAGGGCAUCUGUAUAGCCAAUUCAUAUCACUGUUCGCUUGGGAGGUGGUUAAGAGUGACUAGGGUGUUGAGUGGUUGGGGGAGGAGAUAAAUUCAGUAUAGAAGGGUCACAGACAUGGCCUCUGCAGACUCAGAUUAUGUCAGGAGGGGAUGGCAACAGAGACACUGAAUUAUUCAGCUGUUUGUGAGAGCUGCCUGUUUUGUUGAGGGCCCUCAUAGAGAUGAAGCCUUGUGCUUCUGUCGAUGUGGACAACAAAGAGGCAGCCACCAGGUUCUGAUACAGCCAGGGCCCUACAAUCUUCACAGAGUCUUCUAACAAAACAUGCCCUUCAUAGAAAAGUAUCUCUCCCAGACCACCCUCAGAUGGUUUGACAUGAGGCCAGAGUCUCCACAUGGCUUCCAGGAGCCAGAGUUUCCACCCAAAACUCCCAGAAACUGAAAUGAUCGGAUCUGGCCUACAUAAAGGGAUUUUAUUCUAGGUCGUUCAAAGUGUUACAAAUAGUUAAAUCUCAGGCUCUGGGAUUUAAUGAACUAGUAAAUUUUAAGUGAAGGUUUCAGUGACCCACAUAACUCGCCUGCUUGGUACUUUCUCAAGAAGAACAUGACUGUGGUGUCUGUGAGCUUGUACUUAACAGUUAGAACUGUCAUUUAGUACCUACCGUGUGCAGGUAGCCUGAGCUCGUGCCUUUCCAGAUACCUCAUUUCAUCUUCAGACAUCACUGCCAGCUGAGAGCCAGCGGGUGGGUGAGGCUGAGGAGAAGGCGUUAGAAAUGUCAGACAUCCUCCUGGAACUGCUCCGUGUCUCUGAGAAGGCUGCUAACAUUGCCAGGGCAUGCCGGCAGCAGGAGGCUCUCUUCCAGCUGCUUAUCGAAGAGAAGAAAGGUGCAGAGAAGAACAAGAAGUUUGCUGCAGAUUUCAAGACCCUGGCGGAUGUGCUGGUACAGGAAGUUAUAAAACAGAACAUGGAGAACAAGUUUCCAGGCUUGGGGAAAAAAGUUUUUGGAGAAGAAUCCAAUGAGUUUACAAAUGAUUUAGGGGAAAAGAUCACAGUGGAACUGCAGUCCACAGAGAAGGAAACAGCAGAGCUUCUUAGCAGAGUCCUUAAUGGCAACAUGCUGGCGUCUGAGGCAUUGGCUAAGGUGGUUCAUGAGGAUGUGGAUUUAACUGAUCCCACUCUGGAGUCACUGGAGAUCAGCAUCCCACAGGAGAUUCUUGGGAUUUGGGUGGAUCCCAUAGAUUCAACCUAUCAGUAUAUCAAAGGUUCUGCCAAUGUUAAAUCCAACCAAGGAGUUUUCCCCAGCGGACUUCAGUGUGUGACCAUUUUAAUUGGUGUCUAUGACCUACAGACAGGCCUGCCUCUGAUGGGAGUCAUCAAUCAGCCGUUUGCGUCCCAAAACCUAACUACUUUAAGGUGGACAGGACAGUGCUACUGGGGCCUUUCUUACAUGGGGAACAACAUCCAUUCCCUGCAACUCGCCAUCUCUAAAAGCAACAGUGAAACACAAACUGAAAACUCCGACAGGGAGUCCUCCAACCCCUUUUCCGCAGUCAUCAGUACCAGCGAAAAGGACACCAUCAAAACCGCUCUAUCAGACGUGUGCGGAGGUAGCGUCUUCCCUGCGGCGGGGGCUGGUUACAAGAGCCUCUGUGUAGUCCAGGGCUUGGCUGACAUUUACAUCUUCUCAGAAGACACUACGUACAAGUGGGACUCCUGUGCUGCUCACGCCAUUCUGAGGGCCAUGGGCGGGGGCAUUGUAGACAUGAAAGAGUGCUUAGAGAGAAGUCCAGACACAGGGCUGGAUUUGCCACAGCUGCUGUAUCAUGUGGAAAAUAAAGGUGCUUCUGGGGUGGAUCUCUGGGCCAACAAGGGAGGGCUGAUAGCAUACAGGUCCAGGAAUCGGCUGGACACUUUCCUAAGCCGCCUCAUCCAAAGCCUGGGACCUCUAAAGACACAAACAUAGGACUCUGCCCUCAGGGCCCUUGAGCCAAAUGGAAUCUUUUCCUGUUAUGUCUAUCUCUUAAAGAUAGUUUUGUCCCAUUGGUUAAUAUUCACCUUCCUGUUUUGAGGAACAUAUUCCCAUUAUGUGUUCAUAAUGUGAAUUUCAGUAAGUUAAUGGCAUUUAUGUCACAGUUAAGUCGGUAUAUGAUAUUGUUAUAUGAACAUUGUGCUGUUAAUGUUGCCUGGAACCCUUCAAUAAAAUACCAAGAGAGGAGCAAAAA